UCUUUCAUGUUUGCUCCUCUGGCCUCCAGCUGUGCAGGUGCAGGUGAUGUCAGUCAGAGUUGAAGAUUCUCACCUUGUUGCACAAAUGUUGUGUCACACAAGCUGCCUUCCAGAAGCUCCUUUGUCUUUUGAGUGGCAGAAAAAUGGAGUGAAUAUAAAGUCUGGAACCAAAGUAGAAGUCACCUUGUCACCUGGAGACUACAUCACCUGUACUGCACAACAUCAACAUAUCAGACUCUCUCGUCGCCUGUAUGUUCUGAAAAGACCCUCAGUGUCUCUGAGUCAUGCUGGUGACAUAUUGGAGGGUCGUCCCCUGACACUGACCUGUGACAUCGACAACUUUGACUACUCCUCAGCAACAGUUGAUUACUGCUGGUACAUGAAGAAGAAUGUGUCUUCAGAUGAUGAAGUCCUCAGUAAAGGUCGACAACUGGUCUUCAAGUCCAUCAAGUCUUCAGACUCAGCAGAGUAUUGGUGUACUGUGGAGAACCAGCUGGGGAAGAAGACAUCAGAACCCGUCCUCAUUGAUGUCCAAUAUCCUCCCAGGCCGUCCUCUAUGUCUAUCCAGGAGGGACAAUUCGGGACUAUGAGCUGCAGCAGCGAUGCUAACACAACCGCCAGCUACACCUGGUACAAGGACAACAUGUCUUCUCCUCUGGCGUCAGGUCAGACGCUGACCAUCAAAGACAUCAGUCCAGGUCAGACGCUGACCAUCAAAGACAUCAGUCCAGGUCAGACGCUCGCCAUCAGGAACUUCACAGAGCAGGGUGGCCAUGAUUACUACUGUGAGGCCAACAACAGCAGGGGGCGCCACAUCAUUGGUGUGCAUGUGAGCGUAAAUGGUAGGACACCUCAUGUCCAAAACAUAUCUGUGUCUCCUGAAGACAUCUACUGUAUGUCCAUGUGUAGGAAUGUCCUGUAG